AUGAAAGAACCAAUCCCACCCCCUACCGAUACCAUUGCCGAUUCUCCAGCUAAGCAGCUUCGUUUCCUUGUCAUCGGCGCCGGAUCUCGUGGAAAUGCUUACGCGCGCGCCGUCACAACCGCAACACCAGGUGUAAUCCACGCUGUCGCCGAGCCCCACUCCUUCAAGCGGAGUGAAUUCGGACGAAAUUACAUCUGGAACCACGAUACCCCAAGCGAGGGCCAACAAUUCGCAGAUUGGCGCGAGUGGGUGAUAUGGGAAACCAAGCGAAGGGCGCAGGCACAGGCACACAGCGAUGGGACACACGCAAAUGGAAGCAUACCGCCAGGUGUCGACGGCGUCUUCAUCUGCACAUUAGACGAAACACACGUCGAAGUUGUCCAAGCCCUAGCUCCUUUCAAGCUCCACAUUCUCUGCGAGAAACCUCUGGCCCUCUCACUAGACGACUGCUUAACCGUCUUCCGAACCCUCCAACCACCAGAAGGCGAAACCAAAACACCACGAGCCCCAUCCAACAUUUUCUCAAUUGGCCACGUCCUCCGCUACAGUCCACACAAUAUCCUCCUCCGCAAACUGCUUCUAGCAGACAACAUAAUCGGCGACAUCAUCUCCCUCGAACACUGCGAACCAGUAGGCUGGUGGCACUUCUCUCACAGCUACGUCCGCGGCAACUGGCGCCGCACCACCCCAGCAGGAGAUGGGUCUCUCCUCACAAAGUCCUGCCACGACAUCGACUUUAUCCUCUGGCUCCUGUGCUCCCCGCCGCCCGCAGAAACAAGCAAAGCAACCGUGUCCAAUCCGCACUUUCCCCGCACCAUCUCCUCCACAGGAACAAUGACCCAGUUCCGCCCCACGCGCAAACCAAAAGCAGCAGGCAACUCAACGAACUGUCUGACUUGCCCAAUAGAACGAGAUUGCAACUACAGCGCCGUGAAAAUCUACAACAACCGCCACCUAGCAACAGGCCACACAGGCUGGCCAGUGGACAUUGUAGCCCCAGACAUCGAAGACGUAUUCCGAGCACAAGGCUCGAACGCCGCCGAAACACACCUUCUAUCCAAGCUAGCGGAAGACUACGAUAAAGGCACAACGCCCGACUCAACAAUCGCCUCGAAACCAUGGUACGGCCGGUGCGUCUACGAAGCAGACAACGACGUCUGCGACGACCAAGUCGUCACAAUCACCUGGGACGACGAAGAAAGCGCCCCGCACCGACUUGCGAAAACGGCUUCGUUCCAUAUGAUUGCGCCAACGGAGAAACAGUGUGAGCGGCGGGGACGGGUCUACGGCACCAAGGGCGAGAUUGCGUAUGAUAGUCAUACUAUUUCGAUAUUCGAUUUUGGAACGGGCGAGACUACUGUUCUGGAUGUUCCUAAGCCGCCGCCUGAGCAGAAGGAGUCGCAUGGCGGGGGUGAUUAUGGGCUUGCGAGGCAGUUUGUUAGCGCUGUUCAGGCUGUGGAAUCUUUUGGAAUCGGGGUUGAGGAGGCGCAGGCUAGAUUCGUGGGUUGUUCGCUUGAAGAGGCUGUUCGGAGUCAUGCUGUUGUUUUCGCGGCUGAGGAGGCGAGGAGGGAGGAGAGGGUUGUUCGGUGGGGGGAGUGGUGGGGGGAGAAGUUGAGGGCUUCUGCGGAUGGGUGGGAGUGA